CCGGUGUCACAAAAUACCCCUCUCGCGGCACUGUUUGUUAUUGUUUUGCAAACUCGUGAAAAUCCAGAGAAAGCAGAGAUAACUCGUCCUCAGCUGCGUGAUAAAUACUCCCAGGAGCAUGACGCUGGCAAAUGCCCUGAUAAGACCCUCGCUGAGUUGGAGAGGCAGCGGAGCGGUGUAUCUGAUGCUCCGCAGUCAAAUUCGCGGAUACUCAACGCCGUCCGCGAAGAGGGAGAGCCAGGAGUCUUCCUUGGCCGCGGCCAGACAGCAGCACGAAGUGUCGGCGGACGUGAAGCCGCUCGGCGAGCGGAUCAAGGAGAACACGAAGACUGCGAGCUACACGGGUGUGAUUCUGUUGGGAAUCGGAGUCACUGGGGCACUGUUCUACACGAUCUUCCGGGAGCUGUUCUCGUCGUCGAGUCCCAACAGCGUCUACUCGGCCGCCUUGGAGAAGUGUAUCAACGAUCCGCGCGUCCAGGACGCUCUGGGGGCGCCUAUUAAGGGGUAUGGCGAGGAGUCGAGCCGCAGGAGACGGAGGCAUGUGGCACAUUCCGUGUACCAGAGGGACGGUGUCAAUCACAUGCGAAUGCAAUUUUACGUCCAAGGAAUCAGGAACAAGGCCACAGUACAUUUAGAAGUGAAGGAAAACUCCGCCGGAAGCUACGAUUAUAGGUAUAUUUUUGCCCAAUUGGAUCACUAUCCGCGAACGACGAUCAUUCUGGAGGAUAAUCGCGUGCAGGAUGGCCAGAAGAAUGCUCCAUUGCCGAGUCUGUACUGAUUUGUAAAGUAAAGGUAAAUGUUUUAGUA